UUUUAUCAAUCGCGUAUUACAACAUAUUGGUAACUUGAAGCGUGCAGUUGCUUGAAAUAUUGCGUUCGAAAUAAAAAAGUGAAAUAUUAUUAUGUUCUGGUUAACAGUGUUGUGUUUGGCGUUAGUCGGAAGUGUGAUAACUAAUUCUGUUUCCGGUUACAGUGUCAAUAGCGGAGAACCAUUCAACGAAUUACCGUGUACAACUCAAGGAGGUAUUUGUGUGCGGGCCUUCGACUGCCCUGAAGGGAAAUUAGACCGAGUUAAAGGCCUGUGCCCUCUUCAACAAAGAAAUAAUGUGGAGUGUUGUCAUGGAGUUGCACUAAGUGAGACAAGAUGCCGAAAGAAUGGUGGUGAAUGUAUGCCUGCGACCUCUAGAUGUCCUGACAGCCUUGUAUUCCAACGGGCCACGGAUUGCGAGAAAGAUCAUAAAUGUUGCAUUUUGAUUUGAUAUAAUGACAAUAAAAUAUUAUGCUUUAUAAAGGUAAA